AUGGCGGAGAGCAACGGGCUGGAGCGUCCUGGUGUGGAUAAAGAAGCCGGGGAGGAAUUCCUAAAGGAAGCCCUCCAGAUCCUCCUGGAUGAGGCCGUACGGAAGGGGACGGAUGUCACCGAAAAGGUCUGUGAGUGGAAGGAGCCGGAGGAGCUGCGGGAGCUGCUGGACCUGGAGCUGCCGAGCCGCGGGGAACGGGCGGAGAAAGGGUUGGAGCGUUUUUGCCUGUCGGUGAUCCGGCACAGCGUCCGCACCGGUCACCCUCGCUUCUUCAACCAGCUCUUCUCCGGCCUCGACCACCACGCGCUGGUGGGACGCUUGAUCACCGAGGCCCUCAACACCAGCCAAUACACCUACGAGAUCGCCCCGGUUUUCGUGCUGAUGGAGGAGGUGGUGUUGGCCAAGCUGCGGGAGCUGGUGGGCUGGAGCAGCGGCGACGGCAUCUUCUCCCCAGGAGGCUCCAUCUCCAACAUGUACGCCAUGAACGUGGCCCGGUUCCACCGCUUCCCGGAAAGCCGACAGAAGGGCAACUGGGCUCUGCCGCGCUUGGCCCUCUUCACCUCCCAGGAGAGCCACUACUCCAUCCAGAAAGGAGCCGCCUUCCUGGGCAUCGGCACCGACAACGUCCGUCUGGUGGCCUGGGGCGGCAGCGCCCUCCCCUCCGGCAAACACCGGCCCCUCCUCGCCGGCAUCGAGAGGGCCGACUCGGUGGCCUGGAACCCCCACAAGAUGUUGGCGGUGGGUUUGCAGUGUUCGGCUUUCCUCCUCCGCGACGCCUCCGGUCUCCUCCAGCGCUGCCACGGCGCCGGUGCCGCUUACCUUUUCCAACCCGAUAAAUUUUACGACGUCGCCUACGACACGGGGGACAAAACCCCGCAGUGCG